UAGAUUUAGAAUAGAUACUGUAUAUAAUAAUUUAGAACCCUGUGUAAUAAUGGACUCGUCCUUCACGUGUUCAGCCUCUUUCGCAAGUGCCAGCCAUCUUGGAAGUCGUGGUCAGCUGUGCCAGCUCAACUCCCAACAUGACGGUACCGAACACCCUCACCCCGGCGACCCUCGACAGCGUGGAGCCUGUCUGGUUCGACAGGUUCCGUGUGGAGGAGGCGGAGGUCAGGUACCAGCAGCACCUGGCUGACCAGCACUCCGGACUCGUGGUCAAGAAGCGGAAAAAUAGAAGUCGGAAGAAGAAAAACAAAUCUGACAGCAGUCCCUCCAAUGCUGAGGUAGAGGUAACCACUCCUGGAGAGGAAACUGUGCAAAACAAGAAGGCGGAAAAGCCGGAGAAGUCCGGUGAAAAGAAGGGAGGGCGGGGCAAACAGGCGCAGAACGCCAGAACACCCCCAGCGGAAUCAAACAACAAGAAGAAGGGUGGAAAAUCUGUCUCUGAGGGCACCAGUAGCAUUCUAAAUGAGAUUGCACGGGCACGCCAGAACAUUCAAAACUCCCUCAGUAUACCUGGAGAAGGGCUGCAGGUAGGCACCAGUGUGGGACACGCCGAGGUGUUCGCUCGACUCUCAACUCUGGAGCAGGAGAACAAGGACCUGAGGAAAGUAACCAAUGACCUGAAGGCACUUGUGUUAAAACUGGAGUCCCGGGUGGUCUCCCUGGAGAAGGGCGGGGCAGCGCCCUCCAACUCACCUGCCAAACCGGUCCAGAAGGUGGAGGAGGAGGAUGAUGAUGAUGACGAUGAUGAUGAUGAUGACAUCGACCUGUUUGGAAGUGACGACGAAGCAGAUGCUGCAGCAGAGAAACUUAAAGAAGAAAGACUGAAGAAAUAUCAGGAAAAGAAGUCCAAAAAGCCAGCUCUUGUAGCAAAGUCUAUGAUCAUCCUGGACAUCAAACCGUGGGACGAUGAAACAGACAUGGCUGAGGUUGAGAAGUGUGUUCGGUCAAUAGCAACAGACGGACUCACAUGGGGACAAUCCAAACUUGUACCUCUGGCUUAUGGCAUUAAAAAGCUCCAGAUCAGCAGUGUGGUAGAAGAUGAAAAAGUUGGAACAGACUUUCUGGAGGAGAAAAUCACAGAGUUUGAAGACUAUGUCCAAAGUGUUGACAUCGCUGCCUUCAACAAGCUGUAAACAAGAUCACCGCAGAAGAACAACAACAAACCAUCUCCAAACUAAACAACAACAACAACAACAACCACCUUAAACAAACAAAGGAGAAGAUAUCUAAAAACUUUCACUGGUCACCAACACCCAUGAAAUGUAGCCAAUUAAAGCUUUCAUCCAAACACA